CGCAGUCGCCGGCGCACGCGCACGCGCGCCAUGUGAGUCAUGGUGUACCCGGAGGCGUCCCGCUGGGGCGCGCCCGAUACCCUGGCGCCCCUCUACGACGACGUCUACAGAGCUGACGGAGUGCUAGCGACGGUGAACGUGGUGGACGCGCUGCAGGAGUUCUGGCAGGUGAAGGCGGCGCGAGGCGGCGCCGGUAGCGGCGGAAACGGCGCCCUCCUCAUAUACGAGUCCGUGCCCGCGCCACACCCCCCCUACGUGUGCUACGUCAUGCUGCCGGGGGGAGCCUGCUUCGGCAGCUUCCAGAACUGUAAAACGAAGGCCGAAGCCAGAAGAAGCGCCGCGAAGAUUGCUCUGAUGAACAGCGUGUUCAACGAGCACGAGUCGCGCCGCAUCUCCGACCACUUCAUCGAGAAGGCCGUGGCGGAAGCGCGCGCCUCCUUCGCCGGGGACGCCGCUUCCCACCAUCAGGAACCGAGUGCUGGGAUAGCUGCUUUUAGGUUCAUGUUGGAAGCGAACAAAGGACGGACGAUGUUGGAGUUCCAGGAGCUGAUGACAGUGUUCCAGCUGCUGCACUGGAACGGGUCGCUGCGAGCGCUACGCGAGCAGCAGUGCUCACGACAAGAGGUAGUGGCGCACUACUCGGCGCGCGCGCUGGACGACGACAUGCGGUCGCAGAUGGCGCGCGAGUGGGCGGGGCGCGAGCGGGAAGCGGCGGCGGGCGGCGGGAGCGUGGUGCGGGGCGAGCUGGCCCACGCCGAGCGGGAGCUCCGCGCGGCCCGGCUCGCAGCCCGCGAGCUGCGCUUCCCCAAGGAGAAGCGCGACAUCCUCCUCAUGGCCGCCCGCCUCGCCCCCAACAAGUGAUCUCAGCGCCGCAAAAUUGUUAUUUAAGUGUAGUCGUAGUGUAAGAUUUUUUGUGUUUUAUUUGUAAUCCCUACCUUAGUGUUGAAAUAUAAUUGCUUCAAUAUUA